UGGGAAAGGCUUGAAGGAUCAGAAAGGUUUGAAUCAGUUUAAAUGAGCUGAAAUUCGUUUGAAAAAAUUUAAUAAUGAAGCAAUAAUGAAAAUUAUUUAAAACGGGAAAAUUAAAAUGAUUUAAAAUCCGGAAGUAUGACAGGUAUGAAAAUUAAGGAAGGUUUGAAUCAGUUAAAAUGAGUUGGAAUUAGUUUCAAGAAUUUGAUAAUGCAUGAAUAGUGUAAAUGAUUAAAACAGGUAAAAUUAAAAUGAUCAUAAUCUGGAAGUAUGAGUGCUUUGAAGAUUCAGAAAGGUUUGAAUCCGUUUGAAUGACUUUCAAUGAGUUUAAAGAAUAAAACAAUGCAUACUCAAUGAGUGAUUAAAAAAUGGGGAAAAUUCAAAUUAAUAAAAAUCCUGAUUAGACCCCAUAAUGUCCACAAGUCCCGGCUGAACAAGUUGAUACAAUUUCUGUGUUUGUGGAGCCAAAAAUGUCUUCAUUGUUAUCACUAGGACAAGUUACAUGCCAAGUUUGUGUGUAGUCUGAAAAUCCUCCGCAGGAUUCAACCGACGUGUCUGUGCAUUACAUGACGGUGGGAAAUUUUAAUUCUCAAAUCGUCUUGUAGGAAUCAUCCAUCGUAUAUUUGCAUAAUAUUUGCUCCUUACCGUUUUCACACACACACACACACACACACACACACACACACACACACACACACACACACACACACACACACACACACACACACACACACAGAAACAUAAAAACCUCUCUCUGUCGAAAUUCCGACUGUCCCUGAAUGCACCUCGACUACCAACGGUGGACGUGACGCUAUUUAAUUACUUCUGACUCCUGACUUUGAGGUAAGCGGCUGCAUCUCUUUCACUUCUCCCCCAAAUAAUGUUUAAUUCGCCGGUUUAGCACACCGUUAGUGUUCAAACUCCCGGAAACUAAUGUGAUAAGUCUCAUUUAGUUUUCACAUUACAGAAAGCCGUAGCAAAGUCCGUGUGAGAUUAAUUACACCUGUUUCGCCAAAGCUAACUGUAAUGAAACUUACAGCCACCGCAACUGAUAACGGUCGACGACGAUUAACAGAGAAAGUCGCAGUCUCUUCUCCCCUAAAUAUUAAAACCUGCCGUUUUAUUCUCUCUCUCUCUGUGAUGCUGUGGCAUAAUUGUGAUAUUGUUAUAAUAAAAGGGAAAAAAUUAAACUGUCACGGUCUUAACAUCAACCAACAGUCAGCUAACUGCUGGCUAAUUAGAGUCCAUGCUCCGUGACUCUAACCGUUAAUAUAUUUUCAUGGUUGUAUGAACAAUUAACUGUCAGCUCUGAGCAAAUUCUCAGAUCUCCAUAACACGAACAUCCUUAGCAAGCGCAGUUGCCUCCUUUGCUCUAAUGUUAAUGUCUACCUUACUGGUUGGUUAGUCACUUUAGCUGUUUAGUCAGCAAUAGUGCUGACUUAGGCAAGUGAGCUUUUUAAGAGAGUGAAAUGUCAAUAUCUGACAUUAGUCAGCUCUUGGCUGUAUAGACCAUUUUAUGAGCAGCCUUUUUGACAUGAAAUGAUCAUUAAAACCACCUGUAGGUAAUAAUGUGUCAAAGGUACAGGGUCUUAAUUAAUAAAACUGUAACACCUGUGUCAGCUUCAAACCAGAAUGGAUGCUGUGUGAUCUGAUUUGUUCAAAUUAUUAAUAAAGUGAGAGUUCUUGUUUGUGGUGUGAACUGUGCAGGUGAAAUGCAUAAUACAUUGUACAGCUUAGAGCACACAAAAUUUUUCCAGCCUUUUAGAGAGAGACAGAGAAGAGGACACUAACAUGCUGUCUUCUCUUUUAGACGGAGAGAGGUUCCAGCGCAUGUUUGGUGAGUACCUGAUAUUAAAAUCUAAAGUGAAAUUGACAGAAGAGUUGAGCACUCUGAGUAUGGAUGAAAAAAUCGUUGACUUUUUAAGUUGAUCAUUUGGGUAUAAAAAUUAACUCUGUGUGUGAGCGCUUCCAGCCCAAGGGCACAUAAGGUCCCCUAGCAUGCACAGCAAUUCUGAAACCAAGCGGAUUUACUUUUGAGAGAGAACCAGCUGCUUUGUCAAACUUGUACAAUAUCAUAGCAUAUUAACCUGAUUUGUAAUAUGUACUAAACCGAGCACCGCGCAGUCUUUACCUUGAAAUAAGAGAUGCAGAGAGCAGUUACUAGCCCAUCAUGUUUAAUAGCAUAUGAGCUUGAGUUUAGGCUUAAAAAAUGUCAACCUAGUCACAUAGAUGAACACAGCUAAAUGUAGUAAUUAUUGUAAAUCUCGUAUGGUAUAAUUCUGCAAAAGGUAACGAUUUUUCUUUUUUGUGGUCCUUGGUCUGCAGAAGAGUACCAGUUUCCAGGUUCCAGUUUCCAGGUUCCAGUAGAUCGUCCUGUUUGUCCCUCCCCUAACCCCCAACCCCUCUAUCAUCCGUCCUGCUCUGUCUGUUGUCUCUGCCUUCUUUCUCUCUCCCUAAGUUUCAUCUCUCAGGUUGGUUGAUACUCCCAACCUAUUACAGACGCUUGGUUGAUACUCCCAAGCACCCCUUGAACACGUCUGGUUGAUACUCCCAGGCACCCCUUGAACACGUCUGGUUGAUACUCCCAGGCACCCCUUGAACACGUCUGGUUGAUAUUCCCAGGCACCACUCACACACACUUGGUUGAUACUCCCAAGCACCUUUGAAAGAAAUCUCUGGGUUUGUUCUCCCAAUUAUCUUUGUCAAAGCUUACUUGGUUGAUAUUCCUAAGUAGCUUUUACAAAGCUAAAUUGGUUGAUACUCCCAAGUGUCUUUGAUAAAACUGACUUUGUUGAUACACUGAGGCAUUUUUCAAGAAAACUUAAUUGGUAGAUACAGACAGACAGCAUUUGAAAAACUCAAUUGGUUGUUACUCCCAAGUAUCUGCUGCCACCACAACUACCACUACCACUACUACUACUACUACUACUACUACUACAACUACAACUACAACUACUGCUACCACUACUACUACCAACAGACUACGACUGAUUGUUUCCAGGAACAAUGCCACGCAAAGGAAAGAGAUCCCAAGCCAAAAAGCUACACUGGCAGAAAUUUCCUGAGUCCCGAGUACCUGAUCAACGGGUGGUGAGUCCUCAUCCUUACAACAGCGGACAGGUAAAUACCCCUGAUUUUUCUAAUGCUAAUGUCACACGUGUGUUGGCUUCCCGCAGUCAGGGGCAUGAUACAUAUGCUGAUUCAAAGAACAGUCAAUGCUCCUGCAACUGUGCUACUUUCCUGGCCUUUCUGCAUGAGUUAGGACAACUCCACACUGCUGAUCUUGAUCUGGUUUUGGACAGAGGCCAUGCAAUGUAUGCUCUAACUCUCGGUCAGUUGGAUGUUGAUGGUCAAAAAGUUGAUAGAUUCUUAAAUAUAGACGAACUUCCACCAAUCGUUGUUGGUGACAGACAACAGCACAUAAUGACAAAGUGUCAGUCAAUCAGUGGUGUCUUUACAGCUCCUACCUUGCUAAACAACAACCUUGCAGAUGUACUUCAGUGCUUGUCCGCAGAGGUGAACUACGCAUUGUUGAUAAUGAGUUCAAUGUACAUUGCUGUUUUCCGAGACCAACGCGGGCAGUAUGGCUAUUUUGACCCACACUCUCGACAGCCUGAUGGCUUUCCUGCUGGCUUUGGUUUUGGCACAGCUGUCGUCUUUAUUUUCACAUAUUUAAAUGAUCUGAUCACAAAGCUUGUGACGUUAUUCCAUGCAGUUGGCUCCGGUCCAAAUUCUUAUUUUGAGCUGACACCUGUGCUCUUUGACACUGUGGAUGAGCCCUCAGUGGAAGGAAAUUUGCCACAUAUGGAGUCGAAUGCAGAUGAUGUUCCAAUAGCGAGGCAGCAAGAACCUCACAUGUCCAGUCUACCCCAGGCGAAAUCUGAGAUUAAAAUACAAUUUAACAGUCACACUCUGCCAAGAGAGUCAAAACGUAAUAAACAGGAAAGGAAGAAGUUGAAAAGAAGAGCUCAAAACGGGAAGACAAAAGUUGCAAUCGACAAAAAUGAAAAACAGCGAGAACGAUAUGCCAAGGACAAAUCAUACCAGCAACGUAAAAGGUCUUAUAUGGUUAAUCAGUAUAGACAGGAUCCAGAGUUUAAACAGAGACAAAGGUCUUACAUCAAACGUCGCUACAAAAAUGACACAGAGUUUAAACGGAGACAAAUGAUGUACAUAAUACACCGCUAUAGCCAGGACUUUGCAUUCAGAACUAAACAAAGGCGGUAUAUCACAAAGCGUUACGCAAAUGAUCCUGCAUUCAGAAUGAGCCACAAACAAACUAUGAGACAGCUUAUGAGAGACAAAUACAGAAACAACCUUGUAACCAGACUGACCAACAGCAUGCGUUGUGCAAUUAAGAUUAGACAAAAAUACAGACAUUUAAACAGAAAGCAAAUCGACAUGGAUGACAGUCAGAUUAAAGAAGCCAUAGAGAUUUUCAGAUCACACGUAAAAGAUGGACCCACGUAUGUCUGCACAGUUUGUCACAGAGCACUAUUUCAGAAUCAAGUGCGACCCUGCAAUCGGUCAAAAUAUGACAAAGAGCCACAUGUUGUUGCAGCUUGCCUCACUGGUGCAUAUGUUCAUGUCUGCAGUGAUGAAUGCGAAAAUUUACAACAGUGCACCGUACCAGAGGAGCGAAAGAGAGAGUGGAUUUGUUACACAUGCCAUGAUCACCUUAAGGUUGGUGGGAUGCCUCCCCUCGCAACGGCUAAUAAUUUACAGCUUGCUGAUAUUCCAGAUGAACUGUGUGAUUUGAACAUUUUGGAACGUCAUCUCGUAGCUAAAAGCAUACCGUUUGCUAAAAUUAUUCCACUGCCCAAAGGUCAACAAAGAGCUAUCCGUGGAAAUGUUGUGUGUGUUCCAUCUGAAGUACAGGAAACUGUAAAUGCUUUGCCCAGACUAAAGGAGUGAAUCUCAGGUCAUGAGAGUGAAGCUGAAGAGACGACUGUGCUACAAAGGUCAUCAGCUGUUCCAAACUGUGACCUGGCCAAAGCUGGUGAGAGCUCUGCUCAAACUGAAAGAAAUCCAUCCCCAGUAUAAAGACAUAACAAUCAGAGAUGAAGCUGAGUCAUGUGACCCUACUCUCCCUGAUAAUGAAGACAGCGACAGUGAUGAGGAUGACGGAAUGGAUGAUGAUGAUUACGAUGAGGAAGAUUUGAUGGAGAUUGACCGUAUUGAGAAAAAUGCACUCUGUGAGGCAGAAAGCAUUCCCGAAAACGACGAACAACAUAUGGAAAAUCAGUCAGGUAAUAAUGGCUGUGAGCCAGAGAAACAGUCUGAUAACUUGGAGGGUGAUGAACCAAACGGUGGUGUUGUCCUUGAAUCAUGUCUGCAGCCAAGUGAUGUGUCAGAGGAGAUUUUGAGUUUUAGUGAGGGAAUAUACUCUGUUGCCCCCGCUGAAGGAAAAAAACCGUCAAGCUUUUUCAGAACACCUAAACUUGAGGCGAUGGCUUUCCCAGUUCAGUUUCCCACUGGUGAAAAUACACUGGAUGAUAACAGGCCACUGAAAUUAACACCCUGCAGUUAUUUCAAAACGAGGCUUUGCUGUGUCGAUGGCCGUUUCGCAAAAGAUACUAACUACUUGUUUUUUGCUCAAUUUGUGACAGAAAUACAUAUGGCCACUUCCAGCAUGAGAAUACAAUUGCGUAAAGGCAAACCUUUGACUCGAGAUGGCCGCAAAAUCACAAAUGCCAUGUUGCAAAACAAACGAGAAGUCGAAAAGCUAGUGCGGAACAAAGAUGCAAUAAGAUUCAUGACACCGCUGAGAGGCACCCCGGCGUAUUGGCAGAAAACAACCAAAGACUUGUUUGCGAUGAUUCGGGCUUUAGGCUCGCCACAAUUCUUCUUAACUUUCAGUGCUGCAGAAAUGCGUUGGAAAUGGGUUAUCACAGCAAUUAAAGCCCAGCAAGGUGAACAUGUGAAUUUUGAAGAGUUGGAUUGGUCAUCAAAGUGUGAGAUUUUGCGAAGUAAUCCUGUCACCACAAUGCGCAUGUUUGACAAACGUGUCGAGGCUCUGUUCAGAGAUCUGAUCCUGUCCCCCGCACAGCCCAUCGGCAAAGUCGUCGACUACUUUUACCGGCUCGAGUUUCAGCACAGAGGAAGCCCACACAUUCAUGGUAUGGUAUGGGUGGCAGGCGCACCUGUGUUUGAAGAAUGCUCUGAUGAGGAAGUGUGUAAGUUUGUGGCCAGAUUCAUCAAAGCUGAGCUGCCCGAUGAAAACGAGGACCCAGAACUGUACAAAAUAGUCACAGAAGUUCAGAUGCACAGCAAGAACCACUCCAAGACGUGUGUGAAAUACAGUGGUGCAAACUGUCGUUUCGGAUUUCCCAAACAACCUGUCCCAAAAACCACAAUAAUCAGACCGGGGGCAAUUGUGGAUGAAGCAACAGACCUGGCAUUGACAGAAAAGCUUGCAACACUGAACAGACUGCUUCAUGAGCCUACGACUGCAACGCUCAGCUUUGAACAGCUUUUGGCAAAAUGUGAGUUCACCAACGAAGAAUACCACAGGUGUUUGCAGAGCAAAACCAACGGCAGUCAAGUGAUGCUGAAGCGUGGUCCCAAAGAUGUUUGGGUAAAUGGCUACAACCCCUACCUUCUGAAAGCCUGGAAUGCCAACAUGGAUAUCCAAUUCAUUCUCAACCCAUACUCCUGUAUCAUGUACAUGUGCAGCUACAUCAGCAAGGCGGAACAUGGUCUGAGUGAAUAUCUCAAAACGGUGAUACAAAACUCACGUCAGGAAGAUGUCAACGAAAGUGAUGAAAUGAAACAAAUAAUGCAGGCCUACUCCAAAAAAAGAGAGGUAAGCGCUCAGGAGUGUGUGGCUCGUGCAUGCAGUCUACACAUGAAGCAGUGUUCACGCAGCGUGGUGUUUGUGCAGACGGAUGACAACGCACUGAAAAUGAGUUACCCCUUGUCACACCUGGACAACAAACCUUCAGAAUCGGAACAUGUGUGGAUGACAGGGUUACCUGAUAAGUAUGUAUGCAGACCAGAAACACCAGACUUCGAGGCAAUGUGCUUGGCGGAUUUUGCAUCGAGCUGCAGAAUAGUCUACGGCAAGCAGACAAAAGGCAAAAACACUCAUCGCCUGCUGAAUGAGAUGGGGUUUGUCCAGAAGAGAGCAAAUGAUGAAAAACAUGCUGUCAUCAAAUAUCGACCCAUUUCCCUUGAGAAAGAUCCAGAGCUGUAUUACGGCACAUUGCUUAAACUGUACGUGCCUUAUCGCUCAGAAAACCAGCUGAAAUCCACCCACUUCCCAACUUACCAGUCCGUCCAUGACCAUGCAUCUGUUUGGUUACCUGGAUCACAGCAUCCCGAGCGCGUGAAGGCAAUUGUGAAACGCAACAGAGAAAAACAUGAGAAACACCGUGAGGACAUCGACAGUGCCAUUCAAGAGUUUGAAGAAAGAGGAAUGUUGCUAAAUGAAUGGGGCAACCUGGCGCCUGAGAGUGAGCUCGAACGGCUCGAGUGCAUAGAUGAACUCAAUGAAAGAGAAGCUGAUGAGGACGUGCAGGAGAAUGUUCCAGACUAUAAUGUGAGGUCAGACGUGAGGCAAGAAUCUGCAGUCACGAUCGAAGCCCCUGAAAUUGAUCCUGUGGUGCUGCGUGAGAUGUACCAGAACUUGAACCAAACGCAAGCUUCAGUUUUCCACACCAUCCGGGAAUGGUGCUUGAAAUGUGUUUGUGGUUCAAAACCAGAGCAGUUCUUCUUGUACAUUAAUGGUGGUGCCGGAACAGGUAAGUCUCAUCUAAUCAAAUGCAUCCAUGCAGAGGCAUCUAAAAUACUCAGAAGACUUCCGAGAAAUGCAGAGGAAGCAGACAUCUCUAAACCUACUGUUCUCUUGACUGCAUUCACUGGUACUGCAGCAUUCAACAUUUCAGGUACAACAUUGCAUUGUCUCUUGAAGCUGCCCAGAAGUCUCAAGCCUCCUUUCCAAGGUCUUGGUAACAAACUUGAUGAAGUCAGGGCAGAGCUUUCAAAUGCAGAGAUACUCAUUAUUGAUGAAGUCUCCAUGGUCUCCAAACAGCUCUUUGCCUACGUGGAUGCGAGACUGAAACAAAUCAAAGGAAGUCAGAGACCUUUUGGUGGAAUGUCAGUUCUCACUGUUGGAGAUUUCUACCAGCUACCACCUGUCAGACAGUCGAAACCUCUGUGUGUGUUCGACCCGACUCAGAUCGACCUCUGGCGUGACAACUUUCAGAUGGUCACACUGACCGAAAUCAUGCGUCAGAAAGAUGAUGUCACUUUUGCUGAGACGCUGAAUCGAAUCCGUGCCAAAGAAAAGACAGUGUCUUUGUCUCAUGAAGACAGAGUUCUGCUUUCACGGGCCUUAGCUGACCCAGCUCAAUGUCCAAAAGACGUACUGCAUGUUUAUGCGACAAACAAACAGGUUGAGGAACACAACUCAAAAACCUUGGACAUGUUUCACUCCGACGUCACCACAAUAGAUGCAGAUGACUACAAAAAAGAUCCAACCACUGGGAGAAUGACGAGACAAAGUGUACCUUUCCAAGGAAACAAAAAGGAGUUGCCUGACUCGAUAAAAGUGGCCAUCGGCGCUAAUGUCAUGAUCACCAGAAAUAUCAGUGUGCGGUCAGGUCUCUGCAAUGGAACAUUUGCACGCAUUGCAAAAAUUGUGACUAAAGCAGGAAAUCCGCAUGUUGAAAAACUCGGACUGAAACUUAACAGUCAAAGUGCAGCAGCCAGCGAAGCAGAUGUGGAUGAAAACAUCGUGUACAUUGACAGAGACGAGGAGAAUCUGAAACAGACGGGAGUUGUCAGAAGACAGUUUCCCAUCAAGCUCGCUUUUGCGUGUACAAUACACAAAGUUCAAGGGAUGACAACGUCCUCAGCCGUGGUCUCACUGAAACACAUCUUUGAACCCGGCAUGGCCUACGUUGCUCUGAGCAGAGUGACCUCUCUGAGUGGACUCCACAUUCUAGACAUGGAUGAGAGGAAAAUCUAUUGCAACCCUGAAAUCACUGUAGCUCUUGAAAACAUGUCUAAAGCUUCACUUGAACAUGUCAUGCCUCUCCUCAAGAUCCCAGAAACAUUGAACAGGCCAGACACUCUCACUGUCAUUCAUCACAACACAGAAGGACUACCAGCUCAUAUCACCGACAUCAAAAGUCACCAUGAACUACAUCUUGCAGAUGUGCUCUGUCUCACUGAAACUCAUCUGCGAGGAUCCUUUGUUGCUGAGAGUCUCCACCUUGAAGGCUACAACAUGUUCAAACGUAACAGAAACGUGUCUUAUUCAAACCAUCCUGCCAUGGCCACUAAAAACGGUGGCGGAGUUGCCAUCUAUGUGAAAGAACACAUCAGAGUCCUUGAGAGACAUUUCAUUCAAAAUGCCACUGAUAUUGAGUUCAGUGUCAUCAAACUCGAAGCUCCUUUCAGGGCUCUAAUUGCUGCCGUCUACAGGCCUCCUGACUACGAUGUUCACUCAUUCAUAUCCAACCUCAGAAGUCUCUUGGAUUCACUGGAAGUCAUGGAUCAUCAUCCCAUCUUAGUCUGUGGAGAUUUUAAUGAAGAUUUGCUGUCCAGAGCAAGGAAGCCCAUUCUUGAACUGUUUCAGUCCAAAGGUUAUGAACAACUCAUAACUGCUGCAACCACAGAGAAGAACACGCUGCUUGACCCCAUUUUCAUCUCUUGCCCGCAGUCCUGUAUCCAUUCUGGCAUGCUGCGGACAUACUACAGUUACCACCACCCUGUCUACUGCGUGCUCACUUUAGAAACACCCUAAAAAGAACUGGCUGGUUAAAAAUCGAGAACUUGGUGCAAAGUUAAGGGAAAAAAAAUUUAUUGCGUCAAUAACUGUCGGUUUACACGUUGCGAUUUAAGAGAAGAGUUUUAAUUAUUGGUUUCCUAUUCGAUCACCUAACGAAACGUUGUAAACAUAGUAUAUUUUAAGAUGGGGGGGUCGACCUCAGCAGCCAGGCUGUAACACCUGCUCUGGCUGCUCUAGCUUUUAAAAGGCUGGGAGGGAGGGAUGGUCAGACGGCCCUCCUAUACCAAAGAAAAACAUACCUGCAAAUACUUUCUAGUCACUGUACAAUGUGAGAUUAAAGACAAUAUAUAAAACUUUAAUACAUUUCUGAAAAAUACAGUGAAGUCAAAUGAUGCAAAGGUCAGUACAUUAUUAGUAGCAUUUAAAAAAAAAAAUCAAAAUAUACAGUGAGACAAAUUAAAAACAAGCUAAUUUAAAAGAAAUAAAAACUGCCACUGAAACUAUUAUGAACUAAUGAAAUAUUAUAAACAAAUUAUAUUUUAAGAUGAGGG